AUGAAAAGAAAAUAUCAAGGGAAUGUGAGAGUUAAACGAGCUCAACUUCAGGCAUUGCGUAGAGACUUUGAGGUGUUAGAGAUGAAGGUUGGUGAAUCGGUCACAGACUAUAUCUCAAGAGUCAUGAUGGUGGCUAAUGACAUGCGAAACUAUGGAGAAGAUAUGCAGGAUGUGAAGAUCGUGGAGAAGAUUCUGCGCACACUCACAGACAAAUUCAAUUAUAUUGUCUGUUCAAUAGAAGAGUCAAAGGAUAUUGAUAGCCUCUCUGUGGAUGAGCUGCAAAGCUCUUUGAUUGUGCAUGAGCAGAAGUUUCGAAGGACUAGUGGUGAAGAACAGGCCUUGAAAGUUGCAUUUGAAGAAGGAAGAGGUAGAGGUGAAGGAGGAAGAGGCAGAGGAGGCGCGAUCGAGGUCGUGGAAGAGGUCAAGGAAGACAAAGCUUCAACAAAGCCAUAG